AUGAAGAAGGCCGUCGGCGAUGUGUUCACCAUGAAUUGCCAGACGAAGCGAACAAAAGGGGUCGACUGGUCUAAGCUGCCGGCGCAUCUCCUGCGGCAGAUCGCGGAGCUGCUGGUCGUCGACGUCUCCGACUACGUCCACUUCCGCGCGGUGUGCACCACAUGGCGGUCCGCCGCCGUCGACCCUCGUCGCCGUCCUCCGCAGCUUCCGUGGCUGCUGCUUCAACAUGAUCGCACCACCAACCGCCUCUCCUUCUUCUCCCUCUCCGACGCCAAGACGCACUCGAUCAGGCUGCCCGAUCGGGCCGGCGACUGUCACGUCUGCCUCUCCUGCGACGGAUGGCUUGUCCUAAAAAAAGCCUCCUCACGCAUCUGUUUGCUGAAUCCCCUCAGCCGCACUCUGCUCGAACUUCCGCCGGUCUUCAAUCUGCUCCGGGCGCCCCAGCUUCGCCGCUCUUAUCCAGACAUCACGAGCGACAUCAUGAAAAGGUAUAACGUCCGUGCCAUCGCCAUGUCCUCGAAUCCAAGAGCCAGACAACAACACUGCACCAUCCUGGCUAGCUUCCGCUUCAUGCCAGACUUGCCACUGUUAGCAUCUCUCCGCUUAUCCGAUCGGUACUCGUGGACCUUGGUCGAUCACUCGAUCAUGUACGACGACGUCAUCUGCAUCAAGGAGACCUUCUACACUGUUAACGAAGCCGGACAGGUCGCUGUGUUCAACUCCCGCCUUGAGAAGAUGGCUGUGGUCGGGUCACCAACGAGAACCUCAAUCUUUUUCCGGUCAUGGCGUCUCGUGGAGUCGUCCGGCGAGCUGUUGGUGCUCCGCAAUGUGGUCUACAGCAAUCCUACAGUCGACAGGAAGAACCCCAACCGGCUCCCUGUGUAUUCGACGGACAGAGUCGAGAUCUUCCGCUUAAAGUCGAUCGCAGGGGAGCUCUGUUUGGUGACAGCAAAGAGCUUAGACGACCAGAUCUUGUUCGUAGGCUUCGGCCGCUCGUUCGCGCGGCCUGCGAUCAGUUAUCCUCCCGCAAGACGAAAUAGCAUCUUCCUCGCAAAGGAGUACGACUUCAUGCGCAACGACAACCUUCUCUGUCGUAUCGAAUCCGGCGAAUACAACUUUGGAGAUCAAAUCAUGGAACCGCUUCCGUCUGAUAGAGUUGAAGACGAAUCCAUGGGCUACACAUCCAUAUGGCACUCUCCAAGCUUCUAA